AUGGGGCAGGAUGGGGCGCUUAAAACUCAUGACAUGGUACAGGAAACAGAGAACGGAAAAAUGGGGUUGGAUGUUUGCGGCAGGUUAAGGUCAUUUGACCUUAACCAAGAACCUGAGUGUGACCGAGACACAUUCAUUGAAGAAAGCGGUGGUUCAAUAGGAGGACACGAAGAUGAGGAGGCAAAUGAAUUGGUGGGCGCAAUAGGCGUGGAUGACGUAAUGAAAUUAACAUUUGACACGGAAGAAGAAGCUUGGGAAUUCUAUAAUUUGUAUGCGAAACUAAACGAAUUUGGAAUUCAUAAAAGUAAUGCCAAACGAGAUGCAGAUGGCAUUUCAAGAUUUAGAAAAUGGGUAUGUUGCUGUGAAGGUUAUAGGAAUGAAAAGUGGUUUAAUUAUGAAGACCGGAAAAGAGAAGCAAAACCAAUCACAAGAAUCGGGUGUGGGGCUUGCUUUCGCGUGAAAUAUGACAUAGAAUCGGUAAAGUAUGUGGUGACACGUUUCAUUAUGGAGUACAAUCACCCGCUGGCAUCAGAGGCAAAUGUGCAACACAUUAGGUCGCAUAGAAAAGUGAGUGAUGCAGAAUAUGCGCAGGCAAAAAGUCUAAAGUUGGUUGGGGCCAGAAUAUGCCAGAUAAUGAAACAUUUUGUUAUCAAAGCCGGAGGGUAUAGUAACGUGGGAUUUUGCAUUAAGGAUUUGUAUAACCGAAUGGACGAGGAACGUAGAAAAGAUAUUUUUAAUGGCGAUGCAGAAGGGGCACUUGGGUUCUUGGCAGCGAAGAAGGAUGCCGAUGACAUGUUCUUUUAUAAAUAUCAUGUAGAUAACGAAGGAAGAUUGGCAAGGUUGUUUUGGGCAGAUUCUAAAUCUCGUGCGGACUUCAGUGUAUUUGGAGAUGUAUUGGUGUUUGAUACAACAUACAAAACAAAUAAAUACCGCAAGGCACUAGUUGUACUUGCAGGGGUAAACAACCAUUUGAACAGUACUAUUUUUGGCUGUGCACUGCUAUCAGAUGAGAGGAUUGAAACAUAUGAAUGGGUGCUAAGUACAUUUGUAGAGGCUAUGAAAGAUAGAAAGCCAGUAGUAGUGAUGACAGAUGGGGACAGUGCAAUGCGAAGAGCCAUAAAGAAUCUUCUCCCGGAUGCUUGUCACAGGCUAUAUUCGUGGCACUUGCAUAGAAUUGCACGGAGUAAUAUUCGCUGCGAGGAGUUUAAUAACAGGUUCUAUAACCUGAUGGCGAGAAAGUGUAGCACUCUUGAGUUUGAGGAUCGGUGGGCUAGGUUGGUUAAUGAAUGUGGGGUGGUAGAGAAUGAGUGGGUGAAGAAGUUGUACCGUAGGAGAAGGUUAUGGGCAGAGGCCUAUUUACGCGGUCAUUUUUUUGCAGGUAUGAGAAGUACUCAAAGGUGUGAGAAAAUGAAUGCUUUUUUGAACGAGUACUUGAAUGAAAAAAUGCGACUAUAUGAAUUCGUUAGAAGUUUUGAUUUGGCAAUAGCAUGGCUUCGACAUACUGAGAGCAAAGCAGUUCACACAAGCGAAAACACAAAACCAGUCUUAACCACAAUCCUGCCCGAAUUAGAGGGGAGCGCAGCGGAGGUGUUUACAAGGAAUGUGUUAUUCAUGGUGAGGAAGCAUUUGAACAGGCAAGAACUUCUAAUUUCUGAGGGCUGA